CGCACGCCGCGGAGCCUGUCGGGAGCUCGGGGAGUCAUGGCGACGCCCUCUCUUCGGGGCCGCUUGGCCCGACUUGGGAACCCGCGGAGACCCGUCCUGAAGCCCAGCAGCCCCCUCAUUCUAGCUAACCGCAUCGGGGAGCGGCGCCGGGAGAAGGGCGAGGCGACCUGCAUCACGGAGAUGUCGGUGAUGAUGGCUUGUUGGAAGCAGCACGAGUUCCGCGAUGGAGCGUGCAGCCAAGAGAUCCAGAAUUUCUUGACUUGUGCUUCGAAGGCUGAGGAAUCCCGAAAGAUGAAGUCCCUCCAGGAGUCCUCAGGCCAUUCUGGGAAUGUACCCCCAAAGAUACUGAAUAACUUGUUACAGAGAUUCCCUAACAAACCUCACCUCAGUUGAACACAGGGAAACAUUAGAGCUAGCCUGCCGUCUUGGAAAAGCACCUGUCAUGGUCCAGGAGGAGAAGUUAUGCUUUAUCUCAAAAUAAAAUCCUCUGAGGAGACGGGGCCUUCGGUUGUGGAUUAGGUCUCUCCGCCCGUCAUUCUUGAACCCUGUUCCCCCCGAGACCCUGGAAGUUCUUCGCCGCUUGUCUUUGCCUGCUGGUGAAGUGCUUUACACCAUUUAGUGCUUUUGACUGUGGAUGCCCUGAGAACAGCGAGGGCUGGCUAUGGAUAGACUCUCAAUACUUGGUGUUUGCCUGUUUGGGGCAUAGUCCCCUACGAGGUGUUCCCCCUGAAUGAUCAAGUGCACUGGUAACCU